AUGCCCAAGCAGGUGAAGAAACCAGACGAUCUUUACACCACAGAGGUGCUGACAGCCGAUGCGGCCACUGGUCCAUCCUCACCCGAUAUCGACGAGAAGGGCGAGAAGUGUGACGGCUACGUCGAGCCAAGUGAGCCGGUCGACGUAGACGAGGCCAAGCUGGACGACUUUAUCAACCGCGACGAAAGAUAUGACUGGGACUCGGAAGAGUUUCGUGAUAUCCCUGAAGUUGUGAGGAACACUGUCAGCUUCGAAGACGACCCCACAUUGCCCGUUAUCACAUUUCGAGCAAUCUUGCUUUCUGCUAUCUUCUGCACCAUUGGAAGUGUCAUCUCUCAGAUCUCAUACUUCCGUACUACCACCGCUGCAUUCCCCGUCUUCUUUGUGAUACUGGCAUCGCACCCCCUUGGAAAGUUCCUCGCCAAAGUCCUUCCCGCAUGGACACUACCUCUGGGGCGCUUCUCCUUCAAUCUGAACCCUGGACCUUUUUCAGUGAAAGAGCACGUUAUCAUUGGUAUCGCAGCCAACGCGGGAAGCCAGGGGCAAUGGGCAACUUUCUUGCCCACAAACGCUGCCUUGUACUACAACAUCACCAUGAACCCCGCCAUUGCUCUGUUUUUCGGAUGGGGAUCUGCUCUUCUGGGCUUUUCAUUCGCGGCCAUGGUUCGACCUAUUCUGAUCGACGAUCCGAAAUUCGUCUUCCCUCUGUCUAUGCAGCAGGUCACGGUCUAUCGAAGUAUCCAGGGAACGUCUGAGCUGCAUCUUGGGCGAUCGCAAAAGCAGAUGAGAGUAUUCUGGAUUAUCUUUGCUGUCAUGUUCACCUGGCAAUUCCUUCCCGAAUUCGUCUUUCCAUUCGUCGCCGCCCUCGCCCCCUUGUGCUGGUUUGCGCCCCACAACCACAAGGUCAACUUCCUCGGUGCCGGUCGAGGUGGUGUUGGACUCUUGAACAUUACCUUGGAUUGGACCAAUAUCACGUCUACUGUCAUUACAUACCCGUACUCUGUACAAAUCACGAUCUUUGCUUCCUUCGUCAUCAUGGUGAGCUCUUUCCACUCGUUGCGCAAUAAUCGCUGA